GCCUACGCUCUGUACACUUCGAGGCUGUCUGAUGGAAACUGCCGUGAUGUCGGCACAUUAGAACGGUGACUAAUAUAGCAGCAGGCCUACAACUUCAUCGCGGUUAGUGUUGACAUGGCAUGUCUGGAGUUACCAUAGACCAUCUGAGCAGGAACGCACCCAGCAGCACAGAUUUAUUUCUGUUAAACGCACACUUUCUGCACAACUGUCUUCGGCUGCUUUCUGCAAUAAUCUGGGAUUUGGCAUAUUAUUAUCAACGAUUUUAGACCGGAUCUUAAACUUGUGGGUACAGCGCAGCCCACUGGAAACUUUAUAAACUUUGGAUUUUCAAGAGCUGUCCAAUUACCCAGUUAUCUCUCGGCACUGAUUGUUGUAGGAUGCGGGUGCUCCUCUUUGCCUCUGCUGUGAUUUUGGUGUGUGCCUUGGCCAAUGCCGCACCGAGAGCAAAGUGUGCGUCUCGAUGCGACCUAAACAAGUGUCCUGUUCCAAACUGUCCUAAUGGCUAUGUCCCCGAUCGUUGCAACUGUUGCUUGAUGUGCACCUUACGUGAAGGCGAGGUAUGCGGGCGCAAAGAUGACUUGCGCUGUGGUGAGGGCCUGGAAUGUAAGUACCCUGCCGGCAAGCGUCUCUCCAAGGGAGUAUGUCGUUGCAAAACUGGGCAUAAGGUAUGUGGCAGCGAUGGGAAAACCUAUGGAAAUGGCUGUAAAUUGAAUGCGGCCAACCAGAAAGCAAUACAGCGCAGAAUGAAGGCAAUUACCUUGUUGCACAAGGGACCCUGUAAACCAACAAACAAAGGUCCUGCACACCCCAACAGUCCAAGAUACAAGUUCAAUUUCAUUGCAGACGUGGUUGAAAAGAUUGCACCAGCUGUUGUCCACGUAGAGCUUUUCUUGAGCCACCCGCUGUAUGGUCGCCAAGUACCUCUCUCCAGUGGCUCGGGUUUCAUCAUGACUGAGUUUGGGCUGAUAGUGACCAAUGCCCACGUGGUGACUAGCAAAGCUGUUGUGACCGGCCAACAGCACCUCCGCGUCCAGCUUCACGAUGGCAACGUCUAUGAGGCCACCAUCCGCGACCUGGAUGUCAAGUCUGACAUUGCUACUAUUAAAAUUAACCCUCUGAAAAAGCUGCCUGUGUUGUUACUGGGCCGAUCAACAGACUUGAGACCUGGCGAGUUUGUGGUUGCCAUCGGCAGCCCUUUUGCUCUCCAGAACACUGUCACAACUGGCAUAGUCAGUACAGCGCAGCGGGAUGGAAAAGAGUUGGGGAUACGAGACUCAGACAUGGACUACAUCCAAACGGAUGCCAUCAUUAAUUAUGGAAAUUCUGGCGGCCCACUUGUCAACCUGGAUGGUGAAGUCAUUGGGAUUAACACCCUGAAGGUGACAGCAGGGAUCUCCUUUGCAAUCCCCUCUGAUAGAAUCAAACGCUUUCUCGAUGAAUCCCUGGAAAAGCAAAACAAAGUCAUGCAGAGUAUGCAUAGGACUUAUUCCCCAGGCCUGUAUCUUCAGUCUGCAGUUUCUGACUCGGAGCUUAAAGGCAGUAAAAGGAGACAUAUUGGCAUCAGAAUGGUCACGGUCACGAAAAGUCUGGUAGAAGAGCUGAGGCAGCACAAUCCACACUUCCCAGAUGUCAGCAGCGGGAUCCUGGUCCAUGAAGUGAUGCCCGACUCCCCAGCUCACAAAGGUGGCUUAGAGAGAGGUGACAUCUUAGUGAAGCUGAAUGGAGUGCCAGUGGCCAAUACUGAUGAUCUCCAGCAGGCCUUGCAGGAAAAGGGCCCUCUCCUGUUCGAGGUGCGACGCGGCAAUGACGACCUCCUCUUCAACAUCGAGCCCCUCUUCAACGCACAGUGAUAGACCAGACCUCCCCCUCUGCCCCUGACUCAUUUUUUAUCAAUAAAAGUUAACAUACAGGUA